AUGUCUUCUCGACAGAAUACGUUACCGGAGGGGUCCACUGUCGUACCAAUUAUCUGCGCGUCGGAUGGCACACAUCUGACAAAUUUCAGCGGGGACAAGAAAGCCUGGCCAAUCUAUCUUACCAUCGGGAACAUCAAGUCAUCGGUGCGCAACAAGCCCACAGGGCAUUCAUUCAUUCUCCUAGGGCUGCUACCAGUGCCACCGAAGCUCGGAAAGAAUACAACACUCGUUAACUCCGUUUUAAGACGUCAGAGUCAAAUGGCACUGUAUCGUGCCCUUGGGGAGAUCUUUCGAAGCAUUCGCGAGUGCUCUCAGGAGGGCGAGCUAAUCAAAUGCGCCGACGGCUACGAACGACUAUGCUUUCCGGUGCUCUCGGGCUGGAUCGCCGAUCAACCCGAGCAUUCAAACUUGCAAAACAUUAGCACUAGUGCUUGCCCGACAUGCGAGGUGGAGUUUCACAAUCUUGGGAGCACUCGUCGAAGCUCUGUGUGCAAUCACGAGGACUACAGGGAGAGGGUACAGCUAUUUGGCGAGAACCCGGGCAAUCUAGAACCGGUAGAAUACCUUGUUGCGAGAUCCGUCAAAACACUCUUCAAUGCUUUCUGGGGUAUGCCGAGGGUUAAUCCGUACGAUCUCAAUAAACCGGACAUACUGCACAAUAUUUACCUGGGGAUGUUGAAGCACAUGAUGGAGUGGAUUCAGGGUUUCUUGAAGAAGCAUCAUCGAUUGGAGGAAUUCGACAAAGCUUGGGCUUCGAUUGCGCCUUACCCUGGACUAGCAGUACCAAACAAGGCAUAUCGUUCUACCACCCAAUGGCAAGGGAAAGAGAUGCGGAAUCUGGGGCGGGUCGUUCUAGGAGCACUCGCGGCUGCUCUGAGAAACCCGGGAGUGGCUGUCAGGAGCGACUUCGCAAAAGCUUUGAAAUGCGUUCGAAGCCUAAUAGACUUCCACUUAAUGGCGCAAUAUGGGAGUCAUACAACGAGCACACUGGAAUAUAUGGAGAGCUAUCUCGAGGAUUUCCAUAAACACAAGGAUAUCUUUUUAGAAUUCAGGGCGUACAAGAAGACGUUAAAGGAUGCGAGAGAUCUGUGA